AGGCAUGCGCCGUACAAAGUUAAACUGUGGCUUCACUUGCCGCCAUUUUGGAGGUUCGUGUUUGUGUCGUUUGGUUGUUGUGUUUACUGUGCGGAGCGUUUUUUUAAUUUUUAUUUGAGUUCGUUCCCCGUGAAGCCCCGCGAAUUCGACCCAACGUUCCGGCUGUCCCGUAAUGAUCGUGCUCUGUGGUGUCCACCGAUUGAAGCCAUUCCGCCCGUCGUGGCUCCCCUGAUUUCGGUCCAGUUCGAAACUCGGAUCGCCGACUGUUGUUGAUCUUCGCAGCGCCGUUGGCGCCCAACCGCAGAAGAUAUGUUUUACGCGCACUUCGUGCUUGCCAAGAAGGGCCCCCUGGCCCGGAUCUGGCUCGCCGCCCACUGGGAUAAGAAACUCACCAAAGCCCAUGUCUUUGAGACCAACAUCGAGAAGUCCGUGGACGGUAUCCUGCAACCUAAAGUCAAGAUGGCUUUGAGGACCACCGGACACUUGCUGCUUGGUGUUGUCCGGAUUUACUCAAGGAAGGCCAAGUAUCUGUUGGCUGAUUGUAAUGAGGCCUUUGUCAAGAUCAAGAUGGCCUUCCGGCCUGGCAUGGUUGAUCUGCCUGAGGAGCACCGAGAGGCUGCUGUCAAUGCCAUCACUCUGCCCGAAGUCUUCCACGACUUUGACACCACCAUGCCUGAAUUGAACGAUGUAGAUAUCGAAGCUCAGUUCAGUUUGAAUCAAUCGAGAGCUGAAGAGAUCACGAUGAGGGAAGACUAUGGUAGUAUAUCACUUGUCACCCAUGACGAUGGGUUUGGUGAUAUGGGUUUCGAUACCGAUGCCCCUGAUUUAAUGAGGCAUACAUCGAUAGAGCCCUCCAUGGAACAGAGUAAUCUGUUAUUCAGUGAUGGUCCGCCCAUCGACAAUGUUACCAUGGAUAAGGAGAGGGAACCAAUCCCGUCGACGUCGGGCACGCAACAUACGCCCAUGGAGGUCGAUGCGCCACUCCCGGACGACGAUUUUGGCGGGAAUAUAAAUCAGAAGAUGAUUUGUGGCCUUUUUGAUGACGCCCCGAUGGGUGAUUUGCCGCCCGUGGAUAGUCAUCAUCUGCAAGAACCGCCGCUACCACCGCCUACGCAUGAUGACAGUGAUGAUGACAUGGAUUUCGGAGGUCCUCCAUCCUUAGGUGGUUACAGCUCCGAUAACAGCCGACCACCGACCCCAGCAGCGGCGGCUGCAACUGCCGCUCCAGAAAUUGAUUCUCAUGUGACACCCGCCCCGACGCCCGUUCCUCCGUGCGAGACACCAACGCACAUACCCGAAGAAAUUCGAGUGGAAACACCCGUAGACCAAUCAACGCUCUUGCAGAACGAUGAUGAAAGCUUUGCCCUGCCUCCCGUAGACGCGACUGCAAUACGAGGCGUGAACAACAAGAGCAAGCGGAAACGAAAACUGAUCGUUGAUGAAGUCAAAAACAUAUCCGGCGAGGAGAUGAAGAACCAGCUGUCGGACACGAGCGAUAUUGUGACCACAUUGGACUUGGCUCCUCCCACAAAGAGGCUGAUGCAUUGGAAGGAAACUGGAGGUGUGGAGAAACUGUUUGCGCUACCUGCUCGUCCAAUUCCCGCUAGGUCGCUCUUCAAGAACUACCAGAGGCAUCUGAUAUCCAGGUCAAUCGGGACGGAGGACUUUGCCAUGCUUGGAGACGCCGACUCGUUGGCUCUCGAUCAGAUUCGAGAGAGUGAAGAACAGGCCAGUUUCGAACCGACACCUCUUCCCGGGAAACGCGGACGCAAACGGAAAAAUAUGGAAGAUCAUAGUCGGACGCCUUUACAUCCAGAACCAGAGACUCCUUUACCUUUGUUACAACCUGAAGACGCUUUAGCCUCGAUGAUGCCGCAUACGCCAUUGGCGGCGCCGGGCACUCCCUCUCCUCAUAUGCAUGCGCCGCCAACGCCGCUGAUGGCUCCGCCCACACCUCAAAUGAUGGCUCCUCCUACGCCUCAGAUGAUGGCUCCACCCACUCCUCAGAUGAUGGCGCCAGGAACGCCACAUAUGGCGCAUCACAUGAUGACCGAUCCACAUUCUUCACACGAUGAUAUGCCACCGCCCCCGACGCCAAUCAUGGGAUACCCGGGAACGCCCGCCCCCGGAACGCCGCUUCACCAUCACAUGGACGAGAUGCCUCAACUACCACCCGACCAAGUGCACUCGUUACUCAACGAGCAAGAUUCGUUGGGCAACCUGGUGCCGCCCAUGACGCCGGCUUCGACGGAGGAUCUGCUCAGCGGACACGGUUUGGCCAUCCCGCAAACGCCGCACCACGACAGCUUCGGCAGCGUAGAUUUACCGCAGAUGGAGAAUAUGGGUUAUGAUCACGGAAACAUGCAAAUGGCAAAUAUGGGCUAUGAUGAGCAUCUGCCAGCUCAGACACCGGCCGGUUCGAUGUCCGAGCGAAUACACUCACCAUGGCAAGGAGACUACGACUUCCCUCAUUCUGUCGACCCCGCCGAUGAACAGCAAGUUGACGAAUCCGAUGAGCAAUUCGAGGAGAGGGUACUGAACAAGAGGGCAUACCAAAUGUUCACCGUUGUACGGCAGAAAAUAAACAACACCAAUCAAUUGACGCUGUCCGACAUGUGCCAUCGCAGCACCAGGAAACAGGCCGCCCAGAAGUUCUACAGUUUGCUUGUACUGAAGAAGUUCGAUGUGCUUGAACUGGUACAGGACGGCGCGUACGAAGACAUCUACGUGUCGAAGGGCAGCAAAUUCGAUAACCCGGUUUUGUAAGUUAAGGAAAUUAAUAUAAAUAUAUAUAUACACAUACACACAAAACGCGCUCGCGGGCAAAUAUAUAUAUAUAUACACAUAAUA